AUGAACAUUCCUAAACCUCUGGGAAAAGAGAUACGUGAGCGUGUUAUCGCUAACAGAGCUGAAGGAAAGAGUAUUAAAGAUAUCGCAGAAUGCCUACGCAUAUCCACGAGAUCAGUACCAAGAAUUAUUAAACGACAUCAAGAGACCGACUCUGUGUCCCCAGGACGAUCGUCUGGACGCCCGCGGAUAACCACCUCCUCUCAAAAUGAGCAACUGAGAGCGGCGAGCCAGGUGUGUCCAUUUGCUACCGCCUCAUCGCAUAGAUCAGCGAUGGGGUUGGGUAUGUCUAUAGAAACUGUAAAGAGAAGGUUGCGAGAGGACAACUUGUUCGGUCGAAAAGCAGCCCAAAAGAAGAACUUAACCAUUGGUAACCAAAUGGACACGGUAUAUGCAGAUGGAUGUCCUCUGCUGGUUUGUUGGGAGUUGGUCCGUAUAGACGGUCACCUCACCGCUGUGCUUCAUCAUACUAUCGAUAUACUGGAGCAAGUACUAUUGCCGACGGUGAGGGCCGUCUAUGGAAAAGAACGCUUUUUCUUCGUUCAUGACAGCUCCCCGGUGCACACAGCUAGCAUUGUUACACGAUGGCUCCAAGAACAUCCGCAAGUCCGACCUUGA